AGCGAACCGGAGGCUGCUUGACUUUAGAAGAAGAGGCUCCUGAAGAACCGAGCGGUUCUGAUCCGGCUCGGCUGAGCGCAGGACCGCCCCGCUGGCCGCCUCGUGCUGCCUCCUGACGGACUGCACAGCCGCUCAGACCCCGCGCGUGCUCAGAUGUCCUUCAGCUUGUUGCCCUGGCCGAGGCUCCCAUAAUUCACUCAGGUGCUUGGCUUUGCCCUCAGAUGUGCCAUUGUGUGGACUAAGCCAGGCCAUCAGUGUGGAGUAGCAGAGGAGACAGUGCAGCGGGCGUGUGUGGCGGGCAGAGUUUCGGCUGGAGACGCACACACUCAUGCCCCGCUUGUUGGAGCCAGUUGCUGAAGGCUCUUUGAUGGCCCGACUGCUGCUGCUGCUGCUGCUUCUUCUUCUUCUGCUGCUGGGAUUCAGCUCGAACUUCACUCAUGCGAACGUGCUGGACACGAUGUUGCUGAGGAAUUCUGGGAAGGCGACGCUGGAUAACCGAAAGGAGGACAGUAGGAGCUUGGUGCCUGUGGUUCCCGAAAGGACGCUGUGGUGCCACUGUUACCACCACUGUCCAGAGGACUCGGUCAACAACACCUGCAGAACUGAUGGCUACUGCUUCACCAUGGUGGAGGAGGAAGAGGGCGGCCCCCCGACACUCACCUCGGGCUGUUUGGGAUUGGUGGGCUCUGAAUUUCAGUGCAGGGAUACAGGGAACUCUCGUUUGAGAAGGGCGCUGGAGUGCUGUACUGACCAGGACUACUGCAACAGAGACCUCCACCCAACCCUGCCUCCAAUUAACACCCCUAACUAUGUGGACAACAGCAUCCACCAGAUGGCUCUGUUCAUCUCUGUAGCAGUGUGCAGCAUUAUCCUCAUCUUUAUCAUUGUCUUCUGUUACUUCAGGUACAAGCGUCAGGAGUUGAGGCCACGGUAUACUAUUGGUCUGGAGCAGGACGAGACGUACAUCCCUCCAGGAGAGUCCCUGAAGGACCUGAUCGAGCAGUCCCAGAGUUCUGGCAGUGGCUCAGGACUCCCUCUGCUGGUGCAGCGCACCAUAGCUAAGCAGAUCCAGAUGGUGAAGCAGAUCGGAAAGGGGCGCUACGGGGAGGUGUGGAUGGGCCGCUGGAGAGGCGAGAGGGUGGCUGUCAAGGUGUUCUUCACCACUGAGGAGGCCAGCUGGUUCAGAGAAACCGAGAUUUACCAGACUGUCCUCAUGAGGCACGAGAAUAUACUAGGCUUCAUCGCAGCAGACAUCAAGGGAACAGGUUCAUGGACGCAGCUCUACCUGAUCACGGACUACCAUGAGAGUGGCUCUCUUUACGACUACCUCAAAUCCACCACGCUGGAUACACGGGCACUGCUGCGCCUGGCGUACUCGGCCGUCUCAGGGCUCUGCCACCUGCACACUGAGAUCUUUGGCACACAGGGCAAGCCAGCCAUCGCCCACCGUGACCUCAAGAGUAAGAACAUUCUGGUGAAGAAGAACGGCACGUGCUGCAUCGCUGACCUCGGCCUAGCCGUCAAGUUCAUCAGUGACACCAAUGAGGUGGAUAUUCCUCCAAACACACGAGUGGGCACCAAGCGCUACAUGCCGCCAGAGGUACUGGACGAAACCCUGAACCGCAACCACUUUCAGUCCUACAUCAUGGCCGACAUGUACAGCUUUGGCCUGAUCCUGUGGGAAAUCGCCAGGAGAUGUGUGUCAGGAGGAAUUGUUGAGGAAUAUCAGUUGCCUUACCAUGACCAGGUACCCACAGACCCGUCCUAUGAGGAUAUGAGAGAAGUGGUGUGUAUAAAGAGACAGCGGCCCUCUUUUGCCAACCGCUGGACCAGCGAUGAGUGCCUGAGGCAGAUGGGCAAGCUGAUGAGUGAAUGCUGGGCGCACAACCCAGGCUCCCGCCUCACCGCCCUCAGGGUAAAGAAAACUCUGGCCAAAAUGUCAGAGUCACAGGACAUUAAACUGUGAGGGACGCUCAGACUGCGCCAACAGACUCCGAGAGAGGCGGCGGAGGUAGACAGCCAUCCCACACCUCUCCGCUCCAAGCCGAGCGACAGGCCCUCAGCGGCACCAUUCUGCUUUCUGUGAAAGCUCCUAGCCAGCAGAGCACAGGACAGGUUGGGCCCCCUGCUGGUGCACACCAGAGAGAGCCUCCUCACAGGACAGAGGGGGCAGGGAGCACCGGCCAUCGCGCCAUCACCUACAGCCUUUUAUUUAAUGUCACACCAUUCUGCUAUGGUUCUGUUGGCCGCCUUUUUUUUUUUUUUUUUUAAUUUUAUUUAAUGCUGUUUUAUCAUUUUCAAUGAAAGGUAAGAUAUGCUUCAAUGGAAAAAGGUUGAAAAAAGUGCAUAAAAUAAUUUCCUCUAUUCUUUUAAUGUUAACAAAAGGGGUACGGCAGAUAGCAUAUCACAGUACUUGAAAAUGUUUUAUAUAUAUGUGUGUAUUACUGUGCAAAAGUCUUAGGCCCCCUGUUUUUUUUUUUUUCUCCAUACAAACUUUGUUAUAGAUUUCUAUUUUAUGACCAACAUUAUCGAGUCAGUAC